GAGAACUCGAGCCAAACAUUUCAUUAGGGCACAAAACCAAAACGUAAACAUUCGGGAUUAUUCCACUAUUCCAUUCAUUAGUACACUCCCUACAUGCCCUCCAAGAAUCAGAUUGAUAACAAACAAUUUCCUAUUGAAAAAAUCAAAAACACAAAAGGGCCCAUAACAAUGUUCACUCCGAACCAGAAAAAAAGUUCAAUUGUGCCCUUUUAUUUUUCGUUAGUUUUUCGUAGUUGAGGAACUUUCUAUGAUAUAAAGUGAACUUUUCAUACAUUCUUAACACUAAUUCACUUCAAAACAACGUUUGGUUUACGUUUCACCAAGGAUUUCUGCAGAAAAAAACUUCGUCGAAACACAAUAUUUAAUACGGUCCCGCGGAUGCUGUUCAGUGCACUUUUGAAGAAUUUUUAUGUUUCACAUGCCUUAUUCUCACCAUUCGAUCACAAAACAUCACUAAUUAACAUAAUGUUCCCUGAAUUCCUCAUUAUUUCUAACUGAACAAAAGGUCCCAUAAACAUCAUUCAAAACAACAAUCCGGUGACAGCGCUUUAGUGCCCUUUUAGUUCUCUUCGAAAUUGCAUUUAGAAAGGGCCCAUUAUGAACAGCAGUUGGAAAGCUAAAAGGGCCUAAUAACGAGAUUUUUUAAAAUUAUGAGUUUUAUUGUGAAAAUCAACUUAAAUUAAGAAGCAGUAAAGCAGAGUUGAGGAUAAUGAUGUGUUUUAUCGAAUCAUCAGUAAAAAUACCAUCAGUCAAGCUUAUUUUUUAAAUAGGAAUUGAAACAAGUUGUCCAUUUUUUGCAAGCGAUUUUCUCGAAUCGCGGUUUUUGCUUUUGUGCCCUAAUGAAAUGUUUGGCUCGAACUGUCAGAGAAAACUUUUUAAAAUUUUCAGACAAACAGGUUGUGAAUCACAGUGCGGUGCAGGAUUUUUGGUUUUCCGGGCGAGAUUUUCACUGAAUUUCAACGCUAAAUGGCAAUUUUGUUGUAAAUUAAGGUUAAGUUUGUGGUUUGUUGGAAUAGUUUGUUCAAAAAGUGCGACGAUUCAGUCAGAUAUGCGUGUUUUGCGGCUUUAGAGAGCACUAAUUAAAUUACCAAAAUUAUGUAAGGGAAAAGAGUGUUGUUAUUGAAGUUUGCAGCAUUUCACAACAAGUCCUUUAAAGAAAAAGGUCAGGAUGCUUCCCCGGAUCUGCAUCAAGUUCAAGCUCAAGUACGUGGCCUCGGCGGUGCUGGCCCUGCUCACGCUCGAGUACUUUGGCGCGUUCACGCACAUGUUCGAGGCGGAUUUCGAGCAAACGUUCAGCUAUCCCCUCGAGGGGGACAUCCUGUCGUACGUGUACCAGCUGCGGCAUGGCCAACGACCGGCGGUGGAACCGAUCAACGGGUACAACUACUCCUACAUCACCGACUGCCAGCACAAGUGCCGCGAGGACGACCGGAUGAUUGCGCCGCGGCUGGUCUUCAUCGUGAAAUCCGCCAUGGAGCACUUUGACCGCCGGGUUGCGAUCCGCAAGAGCUGGGGCUGGGAGAAGCGCUUUUCCGACGUGAAGAUCCGGACGGUUUUCGUGCUGGGACGGCCGGCGGUGCCGAACCGGAGACUGCAGUCGCUGAUUGAUUUGGAGUACGCCAACUAUCGGGACAUUGUCCAGGGUGACUUUGUCGACGCGUACUUUAACAACACGAUCAAAACCAUGAUGGGCUUCCGCUGGGCCGUCAGCUACUGUCCGCGUGCCAAGUUUUACAUGUUCGCCGACGACGACUUUUACGUGUCGUCGAAAAAUCUGCUCAAGUACGUCCGCAACCCGGUCAACUAUCCGGAGUACCUGGAGGAAACGGACGAAGCCCUGCGCAAGCUGGCCCGCCGCCUCAGCCAAACCACCGUCAACAACUCGAGCUCGAGCGACAAGAGCGUCGAAGAACCAGUCUCGAGCACGAACGGAACGAACCUCCAGCAACACCGGAGGAAGAAGCGACAAAUCCUCAACAUGGACAUGGAGCUGCCGAGCGACGUGAAGCUGUUUUCCGGGUUUGUGUUCCGGUCGGCGCCGCACCGCCAUCGCAGCAGCAAGUGGUACGUCUCGCUGGACGAGUACCCGUGGCACAUGUGGCCCACGUACGUGACGGCCGGGGCGUUCCUGGUGUCGCACGAGGCGCUGUUCGAGAUGUACUACGUCAGCAUGUACACGAAGCACUUUCGCUUCGACGACAUCUACCUCGGCAUCGUGGCGCUCAAGGCCGGCAUCGAGCCGCUCCACUCGGAGGAGUUUUACUUCCACAAGGCGCCCUUCCUCGGCCCGCAAAGCUACAAGUACGUGCUGGCCACCCACGGCUACGACAGCCCGGAGGAGCUGGUCAAGAUCUGGAACGAGGUGCGGGCCGCCGGUUAUGCCUAAGAAGAAUUGCAAGAAGUCAGGAAUUGAAGCGAGAUGAUCCCACUGAGAUAUGAAACGCUGGGCUAGCAAAUUGAUGCAUUUUUUUUCUGUGUUUUUUAGUCAACGACAUAUUUAGGGUGUAACGAACGCAAGUUUUUUGAUAGCAAGUUCUCUCUUAUCAGUAAAACAGACUUAAGAAAUAUCGGUAGCAGUGUAGAAUAGCGAGAACAUCGAUUUAGAGAGCUUUCUUCGAAACAAAAACGAGUCAGUUUUCAGACUUCCACUUAGACUGAUGUGUGAUAAAGGCGUCGCAGAACUAGAGAAGACAUUUUCGUAGGAACUUAAACUAAUAAUAUCAAACAAUUAACGAGCAUUUUUCAAUUUCACACCAAAACUAAGUAGAAUUUUUGUAUUUAUUCUCGAUUCAAAGUUG